UCCAUCCCCUACAUGACAACCAAUCCACUCUCAUUCGCUUCUGUCCUCUUUUCUUCUGUCACAAUUCACUUCUUGUCUUCCUUUUUCUCCAUCUCUCCCUUUCAGUUCUUGCAUGGCACCCAAUAUGAAAUAGAGUGUGCUUGAAGGCAAUUCUUGGUGAAUUGUUUGCUAUAUAUCUAACACCCACCAAAAUAUCUCUUGUUUUGUUUUUGUUCUUUACUUGGUAUCAUGGGUCUUACCUCACUGCAAGUUUGCAUGGAUUCCACUGAUUGGCUCCAGGGCACGAUUCACGAGGAGUCUGGAAUGGAUUCUUCUUCACCUUCCGGGGAUAUGCUCACAUGCUCAAGGCCCUUGAUAGACAGGAGGCUCAGACCCCAGCUUGAUCAAGCUCUCAAGUGCCCAAGGUGCGACUCCACUCACACCAAAUUUUGUUACUACAACAACUACAGCCUCUCUCAGCCAAGGUACUUCUGCAAGACUUGCAGAAGGUACUGGACCAAAGGAGGCACUUUAAGGAACAUUCCUGUGGGUGGUGGCUGUAGAAAGAAUAAGAAAGUGGCUAAAAAAUCUCAAGAUCAAUCCAUUAAUCAGAACCCUGGAUCAUCAUCUUCUUCUUCCCAUAAUCCUACUGAUCUUCACCUUUCAUUUCCUGACGUCCAACUUUCACACCUUAAUAACAUACUUGGUACUCAUCAAGGGACGCUUGCAAACCCUACUUUCAUGGACAGCAAGUAUAACAUUGGCAUGCUUGAAAACCCUAGGCCUAUUGAUUUUAUGGAGAGUAAGUUAGAAGCUAUAGUGGGCAGCUCCAGGAAUUACGAUUUUAUGGGGAAUAGUGAGAUGGGUAUGGUUAAUGGGCUUGGAGAGAUGAGUCAUCAUGGAUUGGCACCAAAUUUCCAUGGUCUUUGCUCUCCGUUUGGGAUGUCCCUUGAUGGGAAUAAUGGCACUUUCUUGGAAACUUGCCAAAGGUUAAUGCUUCCUUAUGAUCAUCAAGGAAAUAAUGAUGAGCAAAACACAAUUGAUGUGAAACCCAACACCAAGCUCUUGUCCCUCGAAUGGCAAGACCAGGGCUGCUCAGAUGGUGGGAAGGACAAUUUUGGGUACCUAAACAAUUUGGGAUCAUGGACUGGCAUGAUGAACGGCUAUGGAUCGUCGACCACAACCAAUCCCUUGGUGUAAUGUAAUCCCAAAACGCCUUUGAUGGAAAGGUUUUUUCGUGCUUCUUUCUAUUAUAAGGUGGUCUUGAAAAUUUUCAUUGACUUGACAAGCAGCAUCCAGCAGAAGAGAGUGUGUGAAUGAAAACUUUAAAAAGUCUAAAAAAAUGACUGCCUUGGUGUAGUUCUGUUUGUUUUAUGUUCUGAUCUCGUUUCAUCCUUUGCCUAAUUUGUUGUCUUUCUUAUAAGACAUUCAUAGCUGUAGGAUCUUGUUAUUUCGAGGAAUAUAUGGAUAUGGUAGUGCUUUUUUAGCUUAAAGAAUAUAUAUAAGUUACAGUUCUAUUAA